AUGGAAAGGAUUCAAGCUCAAACUUGCACAGCAAACGCUGGUUCCACACCCACCUCUGCCAACUAUCUCUGUCCACUCGGAUACAUCAACACGAAAACCUCUGCAACCACUUUUGAAUGUAAGAAGGUCACUGAUAUGCAAAGUUCAGUAUUGAAACAAAAAGCAUGUCAAACCAGUGCUGAUUGUGCCAUCAAUAUCAACGAUGACACGAAUGCCUAUUCUUCAAAAUUACUUGUCACUUGUUACGUUGGUCAAUGUGUCUAUUUAAAUACAAGAUUACCAGGUGAUUCAUGUAGUUGGGGUGGACAAUGUUUGGGUGGAAGAUGUGAUUUAUUGACUGGUCGUUGUGUUUCUACUUCUUUGAAUAUUGCUAAAAAAGAUCAACGAUGUGGAGUGAGUAAUGAAGGUCUAACCAUUAAUUGUAAUACAGAUAGUAGUAGUGAUGCAUUGCAAUGUCUCACCGAUGUGACCAUUGGUUCAACCUCAUACAACUCUUGUUAUGCCAAAAAGAUGGUCAAAGUUGGAGAUUCAUGUACCACUUGGGACAAUACGACUCGUCUCUACAAUGUUUGUGAAGAUCCAACCACUUCCUUCUGUAAUACCACUCUCAAGACUUGUGUUGCUUUAUUAGAGGAUGGUUCACCAUGUAGUGCUCACUCUCAAUGUAAGAAUGGAGAUUGUCAAUUGAACAAUCCCAAUGAUCCCAACUCGGGUCGAAUUUGUAAAAAAUUGAAAACCUAUGGUGAGGCAUGUGAAUCUAAUAUGGAAUGUUCCAAUUUGUACACAUGUCGUUCGACAGAUUCAAAAUCCUCUCGUCGAUGUUUACCAUUCGCUGAAUUGGGUGAAUUUUGUAACAUUGAUACCGAUUGUCGAUACAAUACUCCCUUUGUAUUUGAUGGUAAUACUGUCGUGAAUAAUUUGGUCGUGUGUUCAAAUUCCAAGUGCAUUCGUACCUUUGGUCAAGCCAAUGGACAACGAUGUGAACAAAAUGCUCAUUGUUAUACUGGUUAUUGUGAUCAACAGACUGGUAAUUGUGCCAAUCCUCCACUCCAAAAGUGUACAGUUUCAAACAAUGUGGAUUGUCCUUAUUGUGCUUGUAAGGAUGGUACGAAUGGUGUUUGUGUGAAUACUAAUAAUUGUCCAGGAUACAAAUUGGAUUUACAUAUUUGUAUUUACAAUAACUUUGUCACUUCAUUGAAGGAUCCAUAUGCAAGUAGUUAUUUCAAUUUGGCAAAUCGACUUGCAAUGGAUACUUUAUUUGUGGAUAGAGAUUCAUCGAUUUACACCAAAUGUCGUUCCUAUUUCACUAAUUAUUGGAGUUGCAUGCAAAAUAAUGACAAGUGGACAGUUGCUGAAUUUGAAGGAUUUGUUCCAGGUGUUCAACCAGUUCCUAAUUUGAUCAUGCCAAAGGUAUUGAGUGGAGCUCCAAGACUUGUGAGUACCAAUAGGAUGAUUCUACUCUUUGCAAUGUCGCUGCUGGUUGUAAUGUUGGUGACCUUAUUUUAA